GCUUGUCUCUGUCAGCGUGCUCUUCUUCAGCACGAACUCGGUUCCCCUGUGUCUUGGCUCCCGCGCUAAGAUUCGCUCCUUGAUCUCUGAAGGUUCUGUUCGUCUCCACCUCUCUUUCGAGUUUAUGCCGUGAGUGUCUCUCCUGCGACGGCUUUUCUUCGCGCCUCCUCGCCGCGGCUCGCGCCUCUCCCUCGGUGCUCUCCAAGAUGAUGCUCGCAGACGACCGAAGUGUCACCGUCCCUCCUCUUCUCUCUUACUCAGCUUUAGACAUUCGAACAGCUGCCGUGGAGAGAAGACGACAGGAUCAGCUCGCGGCGAGUGCUGUGCAGACACCUGGCGACGCCGCCGCCGCUUCCACCUCGGCGGAAUCGGCUUCCCCCACACAUGCAUGCGAGAGCCUCCAGCCUGGAGUCUCAGGCCCUCCGAGCAGUGAAGCGGCGAAUGGUGCCGGCGACACACAGUCGGAGAGCCCUCCCCCCAACGCAGUGUUUCUCCAUGUGUAUGACCUCGAUCCGACAAUCAGUAAAUACAUGAACAAAGUUAUGCGGCCUCUCGGCGCAGGCGCUUUUCACGCAGGAGUCGAGGUGUACGGAAUUGAGUACUGUUAUGGACAAACCUACGACAAGACACCGGGCAUCACCGUCAAUCGGCCUCGUCGCCAUCCCGCCCACAUCUACAGAGAAACGAUUUAUAUGGGGCAGACGACUCUGGCACACGAAGAGUUCAUGGCUCUCAUUGAGGCACUGAAAGACGAAUGGCCAGGUGAAAAAUACAACAUUCUGACGAGGAACUGCCUGAACUUUGCAGAUCAGCUGUGUCUCCUCCUCGGUGUGGGGUGUCUCCCCCCGUGGCUGCUGCGUCUCCAGCAGCAAGCCUCGAGUCUCCAGGAGAGCAUGCAGUACGCCGCGCGGAAGCUUCAGCAGAUCGACGAGACCACUGGCCUCUCGGCGGUUGCGUCGGCGGCCGCCACUGCAGCCGCGGCAGCGGCGCGGGUGUUUGGUGGGUUUCUCCGGCCCUCUUUGGAAUCUCAGGAAGGUCCAACGGUCACCUCUCGUCUCGAUCGCGCUCUCACCUCGGGAAUCAGCCUGCUGUCGGGUGGUUUAGGCGCUUUCGCAGACGGCGUGGCUGAAGGCCUCGCUGGCUUGAUGGACGACGAAGCAACGCCCGUUCCGUAUCCGCACCCUGGGUACGAGUCUUCGACAGUUCCUUGUUCUUUUCCUGACUCUUCUCUCUCAGAGUCUCCCUCUCCCUUUCCGCCGCCUCCCGCAUCUGCUGUCUCUCCUGUUCGUUCUCCUUCUGCCUCUAUAGCUGCCUCGGCCGGUGUCCCUGCGACAGUCGCUGCGUCUGCAGCUUCCUCGGGGGACGGACUGGCGCAGUCUUCUAAGAAAGAAAAUGACAAGUUGUUUUAUAUCCACGACGAAAUGAAUCUACCCGCUUCCCUGCCUCUUUCAGCAGACGAAAACAGCAAGCUUCCAGGCCAGGUGACUGGCGCCUCUCUGUACUCUUCCAUGCCGCUGGCGUCUGGAGAGGUUGACGCAGGUGCGGUGUAGGGAUGUCAAAGGCCUCGGAAAGAGGAGAAUGACGACGCUGCGUAGAGAUAUGAGACCAAGUAACGGAUUUUUUAGAAGCAAAACGCAUUUGAAAAAAGUUUUGUUCACGAAAAGAUUCGAAGCAUUGUUUAGAAAGCGUGUCCUGAA